CCAAAAUCCGCUCAUUGUGUAGAAGCGAAUUAUUGUUUGGUGAUGCUAUUGUUGCUUUUUCGAUAAUAUCUUCAGCGCACGUUUGCAUCCAAUCAUUUCUGCAACUGUUUCAGACUACUCAACGCAAAUAUGGCUGUCGACAUCGUAUCCAUCGUCAUCGCGGCUGUUUCUCUCGUCGGAUCCCUCGUAUCAGCAGGAUUCACAGGAUGGAUAUCCUUUUACAUCGACCAAGUAAAGCGACGAGCGGAAGCGAAGGCUUUGGUGCACAAAUAUCGAGAUCCGCUGCUCUUAGCAGCCAUGGAUCUCCAAUCCCGGAUAUAUGGCAUUGUCCAGGCUUCUCUGCUCUCAUUCCAUGCUGAUGAAGAGAAGAGGGAUUUGGUGUUCGUGUACACCUCUUUCCUGGUGGGGCAAUAUUUCUCCUGGACGUGGAUUCUACGACGACAAGCUCAAUUCGUGCGUUUCUCGACAGACAAGCAGAAUAGAGAGCUGAGUCGACUGCUGGAAACCAUCACGGACGAGAUCGCAACGGAUGCCAAUGCGGCUGAACACCCAUUCAUGCUGUGGCGGGGUCAACAGAUGGCGAUUGGAGAGAUGAUGACGGAGAAAGACGGCGAUGAGUUACAUUGUAUCGGGUAUUCUGAAUUUGUCAGAAGGUACCAUACGAAUGAGGAGUUUCACAACUGGUUCAAGCCCAUUGAGAGGAGUUUGCAGGACUUGGUGAGGGCACGUGAGAGGCAUGAUCCCGUGGCGACGUAUAGAUUGAGGAGGUUGCAGCAUCGGUUGAUUGAUCUUAUUACGCUACUGGAUGCAGAGGGACUGGGAGAGGGGAGGGAUAGGAGGGAUAAGGUGCAUGCGGCCACGGAUUGCAAGUGUGCAGGAUGUCCUGGGCGACCGAAACCGAAGACUCCCCUGUUGAGCCUGAAGCAGAAGUCAGAGGUUACGAGUACGACUACUGAGUCUUAGGUCAAGAUACAUUUGAUAUAUUGAGAUUUGUGACGGGUUUGGGAAGUUGGGAAGUUGAGAAGCACUUUGGUAAGAAACCAGAGAUGAGGACGUGGUUGACGAAAUUUGUUCUAUAGCCAUAUUGCCUUUUUUGUUCGUAAUCCGAGAUAUCCUAGGUACAUUAGUCACAAUAUCCAUAGCUUCCGCUACCUUCGUUC